AUGUCAUCUGUCGACCAUGGCCACGAGAAUGAAACAGCCGUAUUACCGGCCGAGCAGAUAACACAAGAUGGCAGCGCUGGCUCUGACACAGACACUGGAGUGAACCCUAAAGCAAACUCGGCGAACAAAGAUGGACCAGAUGCUCCUCACCAUACACGUUCCAACUCUGUCAAGAAGCCCGCAGCAUUCAAGGCAGUAUCUGUCACGAAGAACUUCCUUGCCAAGGCCGGCACCCCUACCGCACCAAACCCCAAAGUCAAUGGCGAGACCAACGCAACGACGACAAAUGGAACCGGCUCACUUCUCCUCGCCUCUCGACCACGGCUCGUCGCAAAGUCUAGCGGGGCAAAACAGGCGAAGACAGCCUUUGGAAGUCGUAAUGGCGCUGGACCAGAUCCCAUGCAAGUCUGGAACAGAAAUAGAUCCACUCCGACACAGCAUGCCCCCAAACACCUCACGGACGAGGAACUCAAACAGCAAUAUGGCAUACAUCUCGCUACGAGAAUCCAGGCAGACGGGGAUGGUAAGGAGGCGAAGUGGGCGGAUAUCGAUGACGACGAGGACGACUGGGCACCGGAGUCGAUCGAGUGGAACGACGGAACAAAGAUAACACUUUCUCAGAACGACUCUGCGGCUCUUCUGGCUGAACACCAAGCUGCGGAAGAAGCUGCCAAGAGACGAGAAGAGGAAUUGGAAAAAGCAAAAGCUGCAAAGACCGCGGCAGAGAAGAAACCCGCUACGAGCGUCGGUCCCAAUGCCACCGUACUGAAGCCUCGAUCUACCCUUCAAUCCAAACCUGGUGCUCCUUUGGUUCUGAAGACGCCCUCUGAGAAGCCUACGCUCGUAUCAAAACCAACCACGAAUGCCCCCGCAAAGUCACCAUGGGCCACGCUUCCACCCGUAGACAAAGUCCCGCCUAUAGAUAUCAACCCUCAAAUCCAAGAUUCAGCUCCACGUUCUUUACCGAAUGGAAUUCAACAGUCUAUCAGCCCUCAGCCACAGAAGGAGCAACCUACCUUAACCCUUGAAGCAGGCUCUUUCAGACGAGGCGGUAGCGACUCUCAAAGAGACAACGUAGGCCAGCUGUUCAAUUCACAAACAGGUAGAUAUGAGCCUGCAAACGCUCCACGACGUGGUUCUGUCCGAAAAGAUAAUAUCCGGGCCCCCUCUGUCCUGCAACGCGUGGGGAAUUCUCAAGAUAUAUGUGUCUCUGGAGAUGCUAGAAGACCCAGCCAAGACGAUCAAACAACAUCAGGCCGGCGAAAGUCUUCAACUGUGAGCGGAGAUAGCGCAUUCCAAGGACGACGGCCAUCAUUCGCCCGCGGUGCUGACGCUGCACCAGAACGUUACGACUCACCCCACUCUCAAGCAGUCGCUUCUCCAUCUUUGUCAGCAUUCCCUCAAUCCGCUACGCAGUCUCCAGCCAUGCAUUAUUCACAGCCCUCAACUGGCUCCGCUUACCAGGCGAGACCUGGAUCAGGGAGUGCUGGCACCUCUGUUGAACAGGACGAGGUUGCUUUGCAGAAACAACUAAUGAAAGAAAAGCGAGAGCAAGCUAUCAAGCGUAAAAAGGAUCUCCAAGAGGCCGAAGAGGCCGAGAAGAAGGAGCGCAUCAAGAAGCUGAUGGAGAGCUUACCUCCCCAAGAGAAGACAACAGAAGUCAAGAAGGAAGCACCAGCCAUGACAAUUGAAAAGCGACCUGCUGAUGGUGAGAGUCUAGAGAACGAGAGAACCGAAGAGAACAAGCCGAAAUUGCAGGAUGCUAAAGUUAGUAAGAACCCUGCAGAGGGCUCGUCAGUCUCUAUGAAAUCUCCACCAAAACCACCUGCUCCAAGUGCUUCCGGCGAACCUCAGCAGUAUGGAAUGAUGAAGGUGCAUGCGCCUGCUCGUAGAGAACCUUUGCAACAAGUUCAAGACACUCUACUUGCUGAGAAGGCCAAAGCUCAGCCCCCGCCCCAAAAGACGACUCCAGUCGAUUUUGACGCACAGCUUGAGCCAGAAAAGGUGGCAGAGAUGCAGUCGUACAGCCAAAGGCCAUCCCCACAUGGUGUGGAUUCGGCCAAACAAGCUGAGAGGGGAGCGAGUAACCAAGCUCUUGGACAAAGACUGCCGCCGGGCCUUGAGCCAAAAACUGGUCUAGAAAAGGAUCGCACACCGCCAGUGGUAAACGGGAUGCCACCACCAAGCAAAUCCGAUCGCUUCUUCCCAAGAUCCCCAGAAGCGCAGAGCCAGCGACAAGGAGGAGAAUUAAGGCAGCAACCCUGGAAUGAUCUACCUCGGGAUUCGAAAAUGUAUGCUCAAUGGAACUCACAAAAUCUCCUUAGAGAGCCAAAUAGUCCCUGGGGAGUGUCUCCGCAGCCAAGAAACUUGGGAAAUGGGCCCUUUGAUCGCACAGUUCAAAGACCCCAGUCUAGGCAGCAAGAGCAAUUUGCCUCCCCCGCUCUCGCUCCCAUUGGACCCCCGAAGCAUCUACAGCCCGUGAAGGAUGGUCGUGACACUUUGAGGACUAACAACAGAAGUCCGGGACCUGUACUGGAGCAUUCUGAAUCAGUUCAAAGCUUUCCCUCUCAAGAACGAGCUGAUGGCAGCCGUCCCGAUUCUUAUGGUCGCUUGGUAGACCCUGAGCAGAGACUGCCAUCGCCCCAAUUUCCUCCUGGCAACCAGAUGCGCGCCCCUAUUCAGAAUCAAAAUAGGGGCGAUCGAGGCAGUGUGCUUUCAGCUUGGAACAAUUUCCAGGUUACGUCGGCCCAAGAAGAGGCUGAAAAGCGUCGCAUACUGCAACAGCAGCUUGACGCAAGGAAUGCAGAAGAACUUCGGACGGGCGUCAAAUACGAGCCUCCAGCUGCCACAUUCAACGAGACGUGGAGACAGGUAAAGACCGAUGAUCAUGGGCCUGGCCGUCAAGUUAUUGGAGUCCAGAAAUCUCAUGUCAUUCCUGGGAUGUCAGCAGCUGCCCAUGGUCCCACCGAAAUCCGUGGCCCAUCGUUCGUAAACUCUAUGGACUUAGCCAAUGCUUUCCCUGGGGGUCUAGGAAGAGGUUCGAGAUACUUUCCAACAGCAGGUCGAUUGCAGGCACAUUAUCAAGAGGCAUUACCUUUCAGCCCAUUCUUUCGUCGCAGCGACUCACCACCACCUCCUGACACGGACGAUCACCCAGUGGCUGCUGCGGAACCUAGACGUAUCACAGUCCGACUGCCAAUUACUGGCAUUGACGAUGACAAUGCACGACCAAAGGUGCGACUGCCUCCAUCGACCGCGACACCUGGUCAAUCUCCACAACCAACUCCGGCGCAACCUUCAUUGUUGCGUACGGCAUCUCAGCCAUUGGUGAACAAUCCGACUUGGCAGGAUAGAUUCAAUGGCCUGCUCGGCGUAAAGAGGGCCUCACUUGACAAGUCACCUGAGAGAAGCAAUGCUCAAUUGUCAGACUUUUCGGCUACCAGAGAACCUCUUGAUCUGCCAACACCAAGAAUCCAAGCAGCGGUAGCGUUACCACCACAUGGUGAACCUAGCAGUCCAGUUGGCCUUAAGGUAGCAUCUCAGGAUCAUCAGGGUGAGGAGGCACUUUUUGAACCCGAAUCAGGAUCUACACCUUCGGUUUUAUUCCCAGCAGUCCUAGGCCGUGUAGCAUGGCUUGAGAAGCCUUUGAGGCGCAACCCGCUCAAACCCCAACCACCGAGUAGCGAGGUCGAAGCCAUCACUAGAGACACCUUGAAUUUCCCGAGACUCUUCAACCAGCAAAACCUUCUGCUAGUUUUUAUCAAUAUCAAAGGUAUGGCCUCGACCAGGUCUAAGCCAAUGCACGCUCAAAAUGGGUUCGUGAAUGCGAAAGAACCUCAACCACAUCAAAGGUCCAGUAGUCAACAGAGCCUUUCUGGCAAGCCAAAGCCCCAAGGGAGAGGGUUCAAGCCUCGCGAAUCGUCUGGCACUCACAGCCACAAUGCGAAAGCAGUCAACCAGAACGGAGGGCACAAAGACACGGGCGCAGGACAGUCUCGCAACAACUUUCGGAAUAAUGCUCGUCCGCAUCCUCGUGGACCAAAUUAUCCCUCCCAGCCACCGCAGCCUGCGGCAUGGGAGUAUGUUAUAGCCACCUAA